AUGGCGGGCCCUCCAGUUCAGAUCCUUGGGGCCGGCUUGUGGGGAAGCAUGCUCUGCAAUCUGGCACUAAACAAAGUGCCUGGAAGCAUCAUCAAUAAAAUGGCAGCGCAUCUGCACAUUUCCCUCAUCGAUUUCCCUCUUCCAGCUGCUCAGGCUGCUCAGAAAUACAGCAAUCUUUCUCAUGCCGAAGGAAAGUCAAAAGGACCUAAGAAACUGCAAGGCAGUGAUACAAGUUUUCCUCAACAGCGGGGCUGGGGCUGUCGACAAUUUCUUAACUCACAGCCUCCUCAGUCGCCUCAGUCGACAAGGAAAGCAGCCCACGCAGCGGCCGCCGCGCCCGUGCCCGUGGCCUUUACUUGCUUUUGCCCUGAAGUUCAGUGUGGUGGUUUGGAGCUUGCAGGAAGAAACAAGCACACCCCCUCUGACUCUCCACAACCCAUCUUUGCCUUCUGCAACCGCUUCUCCUGCCCAUCGCUAGCUUUGGGGCCGCAGUUGCCAGGAACCGUGGAGGGCCAACUCCUCCCAGCCGCCCUGGUGCAAAGUCCCACGCGGCGAAGAGUUUUGGAGCAGCGCUUACCUAGAAAGAUGUUUAAAUCUGAACCAGAAAUUGUCUCCAACUCCAGGCGCUCAGGGAAUCGCCUUUUCCGGUGUCCAGGCGCUCUGCAGACAAAUAAACAGCAGAAGGUGAAUGGCGGCUGCGAGGGAAGGGAGUUGGAGGCCGGGAGUGGGAAGCGCGGCUCCUGUGGGCGCCAAGGUGGCCCUGGAGGUGACGCGAACACCAAGAAGUCGCCAGGGCACUCGUCCAUGCGGCGCACUCAUUGCUCGAAAUGUUCCAGUCUACAAAUGGCCCGAAGAUGGUGAUUUAUUUUUGUAAAAUAAAUACAUACUCCAUCUCCACACCCA